ACCGCGUAAUGCACCCUCGACUCUCUAGUAGAGUGCGAGCUUUGGUUGUAAACGGUCCAGCUGGAAAAGUGCUGCGGUCAAUAAAAUUUUUGUUUGUUAUUUAAUAUAUCGUUGUUAUUUAUAACAAAAACCAAAUUACUAACAAAAUAAUAUAUUGUUGAAAUAUUUUACUAUAACAACAUUUUCACAUUCAAGUCACUUAAGUUUUUAUUUUUUUGGAAUUCUAAUUGAUGAUAUUUCGUAAAUCUAUAAGAACAAGGCGACAACGUGGCUUCUAAUGCUUUUACCGGUCGAACGUGCCCGCGUAUUGAUCAAAAAAUAAAAAAGUAUCUUUCUCUUUAAAUCGUGGGCUUCACUAACAAGCAGUAGAAGCACAUUCGUGUAAUAAAAUUUUUAAAAAACCAACAAAACAAAUAAAACAACCAACUUAAAAAUCAAAAAAAAAAAAGGAUACAAGAUUCAUAUAACAUUGAAAGGUAGACAAAUGAAAAAGGGGGCUUGAUCCUUGAGGGUUUGUGGAUGAAUGCAGAUAUAAUUAAUGGAGUUUAAAAAAAUAAAAUAAUGAAAAAUAAAUAAAAAAAUUAAAUUCCUUCUACUACUAACCGCAAGUUAGUUUCUGUGGUGCAGCAGUGUGAAGUGUCAAACUUAUAAAUUUAAAUUAUUUAACAAAAACUACAAAUAUAAUAAAUAAAUAAAUAAAGAUAAAAUAAAACAAGGAUAACAAUUCAUCAUCACUGCAGGAAAGUCGUGUUUCUGCCAAGAAGAGAGGGAAUCUCUCCUCUCUUAAACAAAAUACAAAACCAAUAACAACAACAACAAAACCCAUAAUAACUCCAAUCAAUUGCCAAUCCUUGAAGGGAGUCCAAGAAAAAAAAUAAAUAGAGAAAAGUAAAACUCACUUUGACUGAUUGUAAGGACUUUACCUUCGCUUUUCUCUGUGUAACACAACCACAUCGCAACAAAUACCCAUCAAUCAAUGCCACCGUCUACAAAGGACUGCAUCAGCAACAGAAUUGCAUUUAAAGUAAAUAACACCAAAGCCAUCAACAGCAGCAGGAGCAGCAGCAACAGGAAUAGCAGUACUAGAAGACCAGCCCAUCAGUUAGCCUCUUGCUGAUAGCUCGGAGAAGGAUAAUACACGAGCUCCUUUCAGCAUUUUUUCUUUGUUCAUCCUGAUUUCAUUGAAGGAUAUCCAUUUUAUUUCGGCUCCAGUAUUAACAAACGAGAAAAACCUGAAGAAGAAGAAAUUGCAGUACAAUGACUGCCAAUAGGGCGGCAGCCGAGGACGACGAUGGUGGCACUCACAUCAGGGGAGGAUGCAAGUCCCUCAGCCGCAACAGGAUCAGUGAUAGUAGAAUCAGAAAAGGAACCUUUAAAUCAUCAGAAACAGCAACAGAAACAACGGAGCAGGAGGCAGCUGGAGAGGAGUUAUCAUCAUCGGUAUCAGUCGAUGACAAAACGAUGGGCACUUUAACAAGUUGUAUUACUUAUAGGCUCAGAAGCAGACACAGAUCCUCCUCCUAUUCUGAACUUGACUCCAACAACAACAACAACAAUAAUAACAACAAAAACAACAGCAAUCAAUGUAGACACCUAACUAUUGAGAAACCACCUGAUUACAAGCACCACCGUCGUCACUUUGACCAUCCCAACAAUCAUCAGCAACAACUGCAACUGCAGUUCCAGCUGCAUCAGGAACAGAAAGUAGAACAAUCUACAACAGCUACACCACCAUUAACAUCAAUUCCACCGUCGUCGUCAUCGUCCUCGUCGUCCUUGUCGUCCUCAUCGUCAUCGUCGCCAAUGGCAACCUUACGCUAUUCUUAUCCCAAUCAAGAGGAACCAGAGGACCAGGAGCAGGAACACGAACAGGAACACGAACAGAAACAUCAUGUGAAACAGCCCCAAAGGACUCUUCUAACAACUGCAACAAAAUCAACACCAACAUCAACAUCAAAAUCAACGUUGUCAGUGCUAAAGUCCUACUCAUGGCUAUUUGGCCUCCUUUGGAUGUUGGCCAUUUUGAGGGGCGGACAGGCCGGUUUUGCCUGCCUCAGCAAUCCUUGUGUGUUUGGCGUUUGCAUUGAUGGAUUAAAUAGCUCAUAUUCAUGUUAUUGCAUAGAUGGAUACACAGGGAUACAGUGCCAAACAAAUUGGGAUGAAUGUUGGUCGGGGCCUUGUCAAAAUGGAGGAACUUGUAUUGAUGGAGUAGCGUAUUAUAAUUGUACAUGCGAAGAUGGAUUUUCAGGAGCGAAUUGCCAGGAAAAUGUAGACGAAUGUAUGUCCAACCCCUGCCAGAAUGGUGGCAUUUGUCGGGACAGAGAUAACGGAUAUGUAUGCACUUGUCAACCAGGAUAUUUGGGUUUACAUUGUGAGAUUGAUGUGGCCGUCUGUGAAACAGGUACCGGCGCCAGAUGUCACAAUGGCGGUGAGUGUAUAGAAGGCCGAGGCUUAGAAUUCACCUGCGAUUGUCCGCCAGGUUGGGCUGGACGCAUUUGUCAAGACGAAAUAAACGAAUGCGAAUCGGCGCCGUGUCAAAAUGGUGGCGUAUGUGUCGACAAACUGGCUGCAUAUGUCUGUGCCUGUCCAAUGGGCUACACCGGAACCAACUGCGAAGAAGAGAUUCUCAUUUGUGCCGACAGUCCGUGCCAGAAUAAUGCAUUGUGUCUGAUGGAAGAGGGAGUUCCCACAUGCUAUUGUGUGCCCGAUUAUCACGGCGAAAAAUGUGAAUUCCAAUAUGACGAAUGUCAAUUGGGACCAAAGUGUAUGAAUGGCGGCGUUUGUAUAGACGGAGUUGACACCUUUACAUGUUCCUGCCCACCGAUGCUCACGGGAAUGCUCUGCGAAUGCUUAAUGACGGGCGAGGAUUCAUUGGAUUGUAAUUAUACGGCGCCGAUUACAUCGUCAACUACGACAACCACCACAGAGGAGCCUAGUUCGGAGGAGGGCACUACUCCCUCGCCACCAGUUUUCACAACCGCAAGUGGAUCAUCGAGUAGCAGCAGCAGCAGUAGUAGCAGCAGUAGCGAGAGUGGUGGAGAUACAGGAGAAUCACAAACUUCGGACGCAAGUUCGUCGGCCGAAACGGCUGAAUCUGAUGAAAGUAUGUACACGACAAUUUCUAGGUUCGAUGUGACCGAAACCACUACAGCUAAGUCUCCAAAGGGAACCAGUAGCGAGGAAUCAGAAGAGCUACCAAUAACAAUCACGGGACAUCCAACAUUAAUACAUCAUCGGACGACAAUUAAGACGACAGCGUCAUUCCCUUACGAAUACACCACCCACAGAUCGCCAACUCCCAAAUGGCCAACGACUCCAAUCUAUGUAACCGAGAUUCCAGAAACACGACCCACUUCAUCAAGAUAUUAUCCCCCAGAGGCGACCACUUUCAGCACAAGUCUGCAAACAGAAUACACCGACUAUGACCAGGAGAACGGAUACAGUGCAACCACUCGUCGACCGCCAUCUUUCGGAAUAACAACGACAGUUGCUCCAUUCUUCACCGAGUACCCUGAGGUCUUUGUUACCACUAAAGUUACCGAGUACACCAAGGAGUACGGGGGUGGAAGAUUCACGACCUACAAGCCACCUACACCAUUCUUCCCAUCGUCCACUGCGUCCUCAUAUGAUUACGAAUCCUCGGGAGUCAGUAUUGACAUAGCGACAUCAACGUCUGGCAAAAUAGGUGAACCCAUAUCACCCCAUCCAUCAAUAUCGCCCUACUGGCCAGCUAGCAGCACCUCGCAGCCAAUUUCACCGUCCUUCAGGCCAACACCGCCACCCUUCUCGGAGCACUCGACGAAAACUCUCUACACAGAUGACUUGGUCACAUAUCCGACAACAGUCGCACCCACCACCACCACAGCCACAGAGUACGUCCCACCGCCACCAACGACACCAGCACCGACACCACCACCUCCGCCACCAACAUCGCCUCCACCCCCACCGACAACUGCAGCACCGACCAUUCAAGCACCCACACAGCCCCCAUCGCCACCACCGACGCUGGCGGUCCUCACUACGGAUUCAUCGAUUUCAUCAUCCUCAUCGUCCUCAUCAUCUUCGUCAGAGGAGAGCACAGAAUCAGGAGGUGGCAGUGGCAGUGGCGGUUCGAGUGGUGGAGCAUCAGGAGGAGGAGUGGACAACUUUACCACCGGCAUUCCAGAUUGCAUUAAAUUGGGUUGCUAUAAUGGAGGUACUUGUGUCACCACUUCGGAGGGCUCCAGGUGUGUCUGCCGUUUUGACCGUCAAGGACCACUCUGCGAGAGUUCAAUUGUAAUUAAGAAUGCCGCCUUCUCUGGUGACUCUUAUGUAAGCCAUCGCAUUCACAAGGACAUUCCAACACACGACAGCCUCGAUUCAGUUCUGCCGAUGCAUGUGCAAUUGAAAGUGCGAACGCGUGCAACAAAUGGUCUCAUUAUGUUGGCCGCAGCACAAGGCACAAAAGGCGGCCAUUACAUGGCUUUAUUCCUGCAAAAGGGUCUCUUGCAAUUCCAAUUUUCGUGCGGCUUACAAACGAUGCUGUUAAGUGAACUCGAAACACCCGUAAAUACUGGCAAUGAAAUCACAAUUAGAGCUGAAUUGGACUUCAGCCGCAAUUUUACACACUGCAAUGCUUCACUGCUAGUCAAUGAUACAUUGGCCAUGUCCGGUGAUCAACCAACAUGGCUUAAAUUACUGCCACCAAGAAUGCACACACCCGAUGUUAUACUUAAUACAUGGUUACAUUUGGGCGGAGCACCACAAGCUCCAAUUGGUCUUAUAAUCGAACUGCCACCAGCACAAAGUGGUACAGGAUUCACAGGAUGUUUACAUUCACUUCGAAUCAAUGGAGCUAGCCGUGAGAUAUUCGGAGACGCACUCGAUGGAUUCGGAAUUACAGAAUGUGGGUCAUUGGCUUGUCUAUCCAGUCCGUGUCGCAAUGGAGCUGCCUGCAUUAAAAUCGAAUCCAAUGAAAUCGACGAGAAUGGCGAGAAGGCCGAAAAAUGGAAAUGCAAAUGUCCCACCGGUUACAUGGGACCAACGUGCGAGAUAUCUGUCUGCGAGGAUAAUCCAUGUCAAUAUGGUGGCACUUGUGUCCAGUUCCCUGGCAGUGGCUAUCUAUGUUUGUGUCCAUUGGGCAAGCAUGGACACUAUUGCGAGCACAACUUUUCAGAUUUGGAAGUGGCUUUGCCAUCGUUCUCCGGAAGUGUCAACGGACUAUCAUCGUUUGUGGCCUACACAGUUCCCAUUCCACUCGAGUACUCUGUGGAACUAAGUUUCAAGAUUCUGCCACAGACGAUGUCUCAAAUAUCUCUCCUUGCAUUCCUCGGUCAAUCUGGAUAUCAUGACGAAAAGAGUGAUCACCUAGCGGUAAGUUUCAUCCAGGGUUACAUCAUGCUUACGUGGAAUCUUGGCGGCGGACCACGAAGAAUAUUCACACAAAAACCCAUUGACUUCCGAUUGGAUGCUCCUCGAGUUCCAUAUGAAAUCAAAGUUGGACGCAUCGGACGACAGGCUUGGUUGUCGGUCGAUGGCAAAUUCAACAUCACCGGGCGCUCGCCAGGAAGUGUCACUCGGAUGGAUGUGGUGCCGAUUCUCUAUUUGGGAGGACAUGAGAUUUCAAACUUCAAUACUCUCCCUCAUGACUUACCACUGCACUCCGGCUUCCAAGGGUGUAUAUACGAUGUGAAUCUUAAAGCUGGACAGGUGACGGUGCCUUUGCAGGAGACUCGAGGCGUUAGAGGUCGUGGAGUUGGCCAAUGUGGCACGAGAGAAUGUCACAGGCAUGCUUGUCAGCAUGAUGGUGCCUGCCUUCAACAUGGAGCUACUUUCACAUGUAUUUGCCAGGAGGGCUGGUACGGACCCCUUUGCGCACAAGCAUCAAACCCAUGUGAUUCAUUCAACAACAAAUGCGACGAAGAGUCAACGUGUGUUCCACUUGUCAAUGGCUACGAAUGUGACUGCCCCGUGGGCAUGACUGGCAAGAACUGUGAUGAAGAUAUCCAUUCGUUGAGUGACGUCUCUCUGACUGGAAGACGUUCAUACUUGGCCGUCCGAUGGCCAUAUCUAGGUGCCGACCGAUCCGACAAACUCGGCUCCAAACGAUCUCAAAUUGUCAGCUACCGCAACUUCACUAAGAAGGUUAUGCCUCCAAGGCCCAUCUCAUCACCCAGCCAGCACUUCGUGAUGAAACUUCUGAAUGAAGUUGAGAAGCAAAGGAGUUUCUCCCCAGUUCCGUUGAUGGGUUCAAAAUCCUUCGAAGAACACCACCGAGUACAAUUCUUCUUCAUCGAAUUCCAGCUUAGACCACUUUCAGAGCGAGGACUUCUGCUCUACUUCGGAACUCUGAACAAUAACCAGGACAAGAAAAUCGGUUUUGUAAGUCUUUCCCUGCAAGGAGGCGUUGUGGAGUUCAGAAUAUCUGGCCCCAGCAACCAUGUGACGGUAGUGAGAAGUGUCCGAAUGCUAGCGAUUGGUGAAUGGCACAAGAUCAAGAUGGCACAAAGAGGUCGAUGGCUGACGCUUUGGGUGGAAGGCAGUGCCUCAUCUGCUUUGGCACCCUCUGCAGAGGUACUCGUCGAGCCUGACUCACUUCUCUAUCUGGGUGGUUUGAAAGAUCUUUCCAAACUUCCACACAACGCCAUCUCUGGAUUCCCGAUUCCAUUCCGAGGAUGUGUGAGGGGUCUUGUGGUCAGUGGAACCAGAAUUGUUCUCAACGAAACCAAUAUCCUAGAAUCUCGAAACAUAAGAGACUGUGAUGGAACUGCCUGCGGAGGUGAUUCUUGUGAGGCUGGUGGUCAUUGUUGGUUGGACGAAAAACUCCAACCACACUGCAUUUGUCCGGAAUACGCUAAAGGCGAACGGUGCGAAUACUCUGAGACUUGCAAAUUAAUUCCAUGCAAAAAUAAUGGACGAUGUCUGCGCAGCGGACGGUGUAGCUGUCCAAAUGGUUGGGGCGGUUUCUACUGCGAAAUUGCGAUGAGUAAACCAACGACGCCGAGUUUCCGUGGCAACAGCUAUCUAAUUCUUCCGCCACCAAGAAUCCCCAUGAAAGACAAGCGAAAGGGACCAUCGAUGUACAUGCGACCGCGAGAAGCUUUCCAAAUUUCACUUAAUUUCUCAACAAUCGUUCCCGAUGGCCUGUUGCUGUGGAGCGAACGAGAACGAGGUGCCAAAUUCUUGGGUCUGGGCUUAGAAGAUGGACACAUGAAGAUUGCUAGCAAUCUCCUUGGGAGCAGCAAUGAUACAAUUGAAGCACCAUCGGGAGGAUUUAUGGCCGAUGGUGGCUGGCACAUCGCGAAGAUAAUUCUAGAUCGAAGUAGAUUCGAGUUGGACGUUGAUGGGGAAGUGAUAUUUAGCGAAAAGUUGUCCUCAACGCAACCAAUGACUUUUAGGCGAGGCAAAGAGCCCUCCAUCACUUACGAAGAUUCAUUUUAUUUAGGUGGUUUCCCCAAUGCAGAAUCGGUAAGUGAACGCACCAAGGAACGCUUUGACCAACCAUUCAAAGGCUGUCUGCAAGAUAUUCAAUUCGGCCCCGAACCAAAUUCAAUAAUAACCGACUUCUCAUCCUACCAAGGCGAGAAUAUCGGCUCAUGUGACUUACAUGGAGAUGAUCCAGUUGUAUAGAAAAUGAUGUACUUAUAAGAAUAAGGAACAAUUUAUUGAUUAUACCCUUAUUAUUAUUAUUAUUAUUAUUAUUCAUUUAACCAAAAGGAUAAACAAAAACAUAAAAACAAUUGAAGAAUUUUCAAUAAAAAAUAAAAUUAUCUCUAGGAAUACAAAAACAAAAACCAUGGGACAAAAUUUCAUAAUUUUGUUUAAUCAAAACAAAAUAAAAUUGAUUUAAAACAAUAAAUCGAUAAAGAAACAAGCAAAAUAUAUUAUGUUGGUUUCGGCAAAAAUGAUAUGAAAAACAAAAUAUAAAAAUAUGACAUUCUAAUAUAAGGAUUUUAAAAACAAAAAAAAACAGAAUACAAAUAAAAAUAAAAGAAAUGAAAAUUUUUGUAAAUUUUUUAGAAAUAUUAGAGACUAUUUAAAAAUUAAAAAAAAAUAUAAAUAUAAAUAAAAAAAGAAAAUAGAAACAACAGAAAAGAAAAAAACUAACAAAACUGAAAAAUAAAAUUGAUAUUGAUAUAAAAAUGAUAAAUAAUUGAGAUGAGUUUUAAACUUAAUAUUUAGAUCCUUUUAAAUUGUAAUCACACCAAAAACAAAAUUUACAUUGAAUUAUUAUUAAUUAAAACAAAACAAUAUAAAACAAAACAAAACAAAAGAAACAAAAAUGUUUACAAGUUAAAAGGAAAACUAUAUUGAUUCUUUCCUGAAACCAAAAAGUUUAACAAUUAAAAAAAAAACCAAAAACAUAAACAAAAAGCAAAUAGUAAUGGAAUUUAAACAAAACAAAAAUUAGUUUGUUCAGCUACAUUAAAAACCUUAAUGAAAAACCAAAACAAAUAUAUAGAGAACUUAUUAUUUAAACAAAAAUAAAAGAAAGUUACACACAUCCCUUAAAUUAAACAAAUUAGUUAGUCUUAUUAUUAUUAUUAUGCCAUAUACCAUAUUUAUGUUGUUCUUUAAUAAUUUUAAAACAAACAAAACCAAAAAACUGCCCUUGAGUACUGUCCUCUUAUUUAAUUUAAUAAAUUAAUUGUUGUGUUCUUAUUUUGUUUUUUGUUAUAAACAACAACAAAAAAUAAGUAAAAUCUUUUUGAAAAACAUGUUUUUAUUUCAAAAGAUUCUAAAAAAAAUGCUGUUUUAUUGUUUUAUGUUUUCAUAAGAGUAUUUACAAAUGUAAGUUCUUUCUAAAGACAAGAUGAUAUUUUAAAUGAGAUAAUAAAAUCAAUUUAGUUAUAAUA